CCUAAUUAAAAUUACAAAAAAAUCCAGAAAGACAAAGGUUCCCAAAAAUCUGCAUUUUUAAGUGCAUAAUAAAGAGCAUUAUUAUUGAUGGCCACCUUUGGAAAGAAAUAAAGCACUCCAAUAAGAAUGGUCGGCACAUUCUUUCAAAAUUGACACCUUAGAUUACAUAAAUCAGUUGAAAUAAGGCCAAAAAGGUCACCGACUCCAAACUAAAAUAACCAACUAAAAACUUGGAAAUCUCCUUUUUUUUAAAAAAAAAAAAUAUUAUUUUCUUGGUUAAUAGCAAAUACAAGCAAUAUAGAACUACUUUCCCUUUUCUUGCCUUCAAAGAACUUCCUUCCUCAAGCACACCAAAAAUCCAAAACCCAAAAGGCCAAAACCCAAAUCCCCAAAAACAGGAUUUCUUGGUUUGACAAAAAUGGUGCAAAGAAAAGUGGCAAACAAUAAACUUGGUAUCCAUGUUUAUGAUAGUACCCUUAAAAUAGAGAAGAGGCAGGGCAACACCAAGACCUCCCUCCAAAACAAUGAUUAUAAGACCAAAGGAGCUGAUUUGAAGGUUAAAAGAAUGAAGAAAUCUCGAUCGAUCAAACGAUCAGAUGUUGAGAUCAGUCUUUGUUCGUUACCUGAAAGCCAUAAAGCACCUCGGCAACCCGGAGAACCACCUCCUCUUGUUACACCAAGCCCCAAGAAGCCAUUAUCACCAUGUAAAACUCCUUGCAGCUAUCCUAAUUACAUGAAGAGUACAAGCAGUUCAGAGGCAAGAAUGGAGAAGAAUGCUAAGGUGAGUAGGGUUUCAAGCAUCUUAAAAACAUCAACCAAAACAUCAAGUUUAGAGAAAGUAAGAACCUUAACAAAGUCCCCUAGCUUUAAGCACACAAGAAUAUCAACCUGUUCAUCAACCUUAAAAGAUUCCAAGUUUCCUGCUUACCUUGAACUCAAGCCUGGUGCAACUGAAGCUGAAGGAAACUCGGUAUUCAGAGUAUGCCCUUAUAACUAUUGUUCCCUCAAUGGUCAUCACCAUAAGUCUGCACCUCCUUUGAAGCGUUUCCUGUGUUCAAGACGGAGGGUGCUCAAGGGUAACAAGGUUAGUAGACCGGAAGUUCUUUCCCCUCGCAAGGGGAAGCAUUCCGAGUGUGUAAUCAGAGAAGCAGCAGACCAAGAUGAGAAUUUCUUUGUUGAAAUCUAUGUUCCAGAUAAGGAAGUUGCUACACAGGUCUCUGAGAGCUUAUCAGAUGGACCAUCCUCCAAUAUUGACUUUCAGUAUGAGGUGGAUCAAAGUGAAGACAGCAAUUUUUCAGAUAUGAAUAUCAUUCAUAAAGAAGGUUAUUCACCUACUUCUAUUCAGAAUCAUUCAUCAUUUGGAAAAGAUAUGGAGGAGGAGAGCUUCCCAGGUGUCGGUUUAGAUGAAUUCUGUGAAAACUUGGACAUAGAGUGGGAAGAAGGGCAAAUACAUAUCAUCAGUGGUAAUGGAAAAAUCUUGACUGAAUGCGACAAUACAAAUGAUCAAGAUAUACUUGGAUUUGAGAUAAGGAAAGGUUUUAGCGGGUAUUUGGAAGAGUUCGACAACUACCCAUCAUAUUUUCAUGAUGAAAUCGCCGAGUUUGCAUGUUUUAGUGAUGCUGAUUCUUCAAAUGAUAAUGACUCCACCCAAAUAGGUGAAAAGGAAAUAGAACAGCCAGCCAUGGCAGAGGAGAAUAAUGAAAUUUAUUCGUUACCAGAUAAUGAGGUGGCUGAAGGUAAUUACAUCCUGGCAAAUGAAGCAACUAUUAAUGCUGCAAUGCUUGAAUAUGAGUCCACAGAUGAACAUGAUGAAAUUUCCUUUGAUCUCAUAAAAGAAAUUACAGAAGUUCAAUGUGGAGACCUUGAUUCCUACGAGGAAUCAUUUGUGUCAGAUAGUGAUACAGCAACCGAAGACAACAAUGUAACAGGAGAAACCCUCAGAGAAGAAAAUGCUGCUGAAUUUGUCAUGGAAGAAAUGGAGGCAAAUGAAGAAAUGAGCAAAGUACCAGAAAUAGCUAAAAAUUUGGAAACUUCAGGUCUAAAAGGGGGAAGUUGCAAUGCCAAUGAUGACAAUCAAGGUGGUACUGAUCAGAGUGAAGGUGUGACUUGUGUCAGUAAAAGUACACCAAAAUCAGAAGGUGGAAGUGAUUCCAGUGAGAUCAAACUUCGCUCAAUUCAGGAUAAUGUUGAAGCAGAACAAUCAGACAUGGAAAACUUCAAUGCAACAGAAGCAGCAGAAGCACCACCAGCAGCCAUAAACAAAAAGCAAAACGCCAGCAAAAACACUUCCCACAGUGGGGAAUCUGAUUCUAAUCAGGAUCUUGUCAACAGCUGCAACAGAAUAAAAAGAGGGAUGAGAUGGAAGAAAGCAGAUGAGGAUGUUGAGAAAAAGAAAGAAUUCAACCCACGAGAACCAAACUUUCUAGACAUUGAACCUGACCCAGAAGCAGAGAAGGUGGAUUUGAAGCACCAAGAGAUGGAUGCAAGGAAAAAUGCUGAGGAGUGGAUGCUUGAUUAUGCUCUGCAGAAAACAUUGAACCAACUUGCUCCAGCAAGAAAGAAGAAGGUGGCAUUACUGGUUGAAGCCUUUGACGCAGUGUUGCCAGAACUCAAGCAUGAGUUUAGGAGAAAUUCAGCAAAUUUCACCUAUGUAAAAUCUAUUCAAGCUUGCAGCUAAUCAGCCUUUCUGAAGCUUACUGGAGAGCUACCUAAUUAGAGCACUCUUUAACUAAAUUAUUAGCAUUUUCCUCCACUUUGUUUAUGAUGCUUAAGCAUAUGUUGCUAAAGGACAUAGUCAUGUAGUAGUGGCUACCACAAUUAGUAUUUUAACUUGCAAUGUCUAAACAUUGUCUGUAUAUGGAGCUGCAAUGCAUCUACCAAUCCUGGGAUGCUGCAGCAAAUUCAAGUUUGUUAUUGUAGCUUGUAUGUGAUAGAUUUGUGUGAAAGGCUUUCUUUUUAAGUUGUCUAACUCCUCUACGAGCUUCUUCUGAGAUUUAGAUUUUUGUUAUACAUGUUGCUUGUUUCAAGCAAGCAACCAAGCUAGACACAUAGCAUAGUCUUGCACUAAUGAGAGAACAAGCAUAGAAGGCAUCAGUUGUUUAUAGCGUUAAUCUGCUAAAAAAACCUCUAUAAUAUGAUUGGAUCAAUUUCUAUAUUGCUUCUGUCCAAUGAAUGGCAUCUUGAGAAAUCAAAUUAGAAAGUAGAGGUAACAUUUGUUUUUAAA